CAACCAAGCACCCGAACGGCAUCUUCCGAUUGUAAAUCCUCAACUUUCGCGUGAAUUGGACAAGAAACUAAAAAUGCAGUCUCGUCUCGGUCUUUUCGCCGCUCGCAUGGCACAGCGCCGUACGAUGAGCACUACCCCAUCCCGCAUCGAGUUCCCUCCUCUCGAAAAGGUCAUGCUCAAGGAAAGCCAUGAAGCUCGCAAGCACGCUGCCCACGCCGUUUCCUCCUGGAAGAAGAUCAACUUCUUCCUCGUUGUUCCCGCCCUCGCAUUGGUUUUGCUGUACACAGGUCCCACCGAGCUCAAGCACAUUGCUCACCUGAAGGAGCAUGCUAAUGAAUGGGAAGGGUUCCCUUACAUGCGGAAGAGGAAAAACGCGUUCCCGUGGGGUGACGAUAACUUGUUCUACUUCCCCAAUUCAAACCCGAAACCGGAGGCGGCUGAAGAAUAGGGUCUUAGGAAUAGCUGCCCAAAAUAAUAGAAUGGUUUUAUGCGGUGGACUGGACGGCUUAAACGAUUGGAGAAUCUAUGCUCAAGGUGUAGAUCUUCCUUAUUCCGAACAAAAUACUAUCACAGAUUAGAAAAGACUUCAUAACUGACUGCGUGUCGAUCCCGGUUUAUUAUGAUGGGUUUUGUCUGGACGAAUUACAUUGCGCAACUGAGGCUCGCUGAUUUAGAC